AUGGCCCUUGAAAGGAUAGCUCAUUUCUAUCGAUCCUGCCUAUUUCAGAUUAUUAUCGUGGGGCUGGUCGCUUUUUGUGAACCGGGAAUCUGGACUGCCCUAAAUAACCUUGGAGCAGGAGGCAAUGCUAGUCCUUUCCUGAACAAUGCGGCAAAUGCCCUGACCUAUGGACUUAUGUCAGUAGGCUGUUUUCUUGCUGGCGGUGUCACGAAUAAGAUCACAGCGAAAUGGACCUUGUUCCUGGGAGCAGCAUUCUACACCCCUUAUGCGGCUGGACUAUACUGCAACAAUCGUUAUGGAAAUGAAUGGUUUCUCUUGCUUGGCGCCGCUCUAUGUGGUGUUGGAGCAUCUCUUCUAUGGGCCAGUGAAGCUGCCAUUGCGGUAGGAUAUCCGGAAGAGGAGAGACGAGGCCGAUAUGUUGCAAUCUGGAUGGGAAUCCGGCAGAUGGGGCCGCUAGUUGGUGGUGCAAUCUCACUUGCUCUCAACAUCAACACUUCACAUGUCGGAAAGGUCACCUACACAACAUACUUGGGACUUGUUGCGAUCUCUUCUCUCGGAGCUCCAUUUGCAUUGCUUCUAUCACAGCCACAGCAUGUGGUCCGACGGAAUGGCACUAAGAUACCUUAUAUGAAGAAAACUAGCCUCAGUAUCGAGUCGCGCGCUAUCUGGAAGCAACUUACCAAUAAGUACAUGCUGCUACUUAUUCCAGUCUUUCUCGCGGGGCAGUUUGGUACAACUUACCAAGGGAAUUAUUUAACCACAUAUUUCACCGUUCGCUCUAGAGCCCUCGCCUCUUUCCUCACAGCCGUGGUUGGCGCCAUGGCUAACGUGACAACAGGUAUAAUCCUCGACCUGAAAUACUUUUCUCGAGCAACCAGGUCAAAGGCAGUGUACAUCUUUGUCCUCAUCUUCGUCACGGCAGCUUGGAUAUGGAAUGCUGUCACUCAAACGAAACUCUCCCGCAUGGCCGAGCCACCUGCCUUCGACUUGGGUGAUGGCUCCUUCUUCAACUCGUCUUUCACUGUUUACAUGUUCUUCAAGUUCUUCUAUGAAGUGCUGCAGACUUACAUCUAUUGGUUGAUGGCCGAGAUCAAGGGAGCGCAGGGAGAGGGUGAUAUCGCUAGGACCACCGGUAUUCUCAGAUCUUGGGAGUCUAUUGGGAGCACGAUUGCUUAUGCGGUUGGUGCAACCCACUGGCCCAACUUGAAUCAGAUGAUUCUGGGUUUCUCGCUGUGGGCUUUCACAAUCCCGUUUACCUGUCUCGCUGUAUUCGGCAAUUGGAACCAGUCUGAGACAAUCGAGGUGGAGGAGCAAUCAGACAGUAGUAGCCUCGAGGCUCAAAGAGUGGUUAUUAGCACCCAAGGAAAAGAUUGA